GGGAGACCGAGUGCUGGUAUUGAACAAGACCGGUGUUUGUACGGCAGGUGGUCGGCUUCGUCGACUGGAGAACGUCAGUCGACUGGAGAGAUGAAGUGUGUUGACCCUCCUCGUGCUCUUUUGGCAUCCCAGGCAGUUACCACGGACAAGUAGAGGAACCAGAGGAGAAGGUCAACCCUGUGUUGCAGGAGAUGGUGAUGAGCUUGCUGAUGGCUUGUCCAGAGGAUCCCCCAGAGUUCAUGCUCAGGUGGCUCUUGGAGCAGGAGAUGUUUGACCGUGCGGGCAUCAACAGCUUGGAGGAUGCUGCAAGGGAACAAGCGGAGAUCGAGCGCUUGCGGAAAGAGGUGUCUUCACUGAAGCGACAAAGAGCUCAGAUGAAAGCCCAUUUGGCUCAAGUCGUGGCGGAGGAGCGGAAGCGUCGAGGCUUGCCAACACCGCCCUCCUUGGAUUCCAAGACGGUGCAGAAGAUCAAAAACUGCAUCCUGAGAGCAGCGUACGCGGGCUUUCAGGGCGUCGACCUCGCCCUGCUCUUUCGACGCCUCGACAAGGACCGGAGUGGCGAGCUGGAAAUCAACGAAGUCAAAGCAGCGCUCCGGCGUGUCCUGAGGAUUCCGCCCAGCGCCGUCCCGGACCACCAGAUCCACGCCUUUUGUGCCAUUGUGGAUACGGACUUCUCGGGCACCGUGGACAUCCAGGAGCUGGUUUCAUUCAUCCAGGGCGAAGGCUACGAUUCAUGAGGAAACCCACCAAACGGUGGCAGAAGAAAAGGCGCUAGCGGCCAAAGUGGGCAACGGCGUGCGAAAAAGGAAAACAGGGUGCUGUGUCCGGACAGUCGAAGGGGAGUUCUUG